UUUUUUCUCAUUCUGGUUAAACAACGAAGUUUGACAACUUCCGCGUUGCAUCCUUGUUUACGAACGCGUCAUGACAGGAUUUGAUUUACGCCGCAAAAGAUGGCUUUUCAUCAACAUAAUUUGACGAUUGAUUUAGUGUUUUUUUCCUUAAUUUAGUUAGUUUCGAGUUUGUGUAUAAAGUUUGAUCAAGACUCGGAAUGGCCACAGCCGCAGUUGCAGAGGAGCCGCAGGGGCUUCAGAGCCACCCUGGCAAUUCUACUGAGGCCGGGAAAGAGAUUCCAGGAAUUAGCCCUGCCCCAGUUGUCAAGAAAACCAUUGGCCACCGAGGAGUGGAUCAAACUGGGAAAACGGUGUACAAAAAGACUCCCUCAUGGGCUCUACAAGGCGCUAUCCAGUUGGGAAUCACACACACUGUGUGCAGCUUGGCUCACAAGUCCGAGCGAGACGUACUGCUGCAGGACUUCGAAGAGGUGGAGAGCAUCUACUUCCCCGGUGAGGGCAGCAGUCACACGCCAGCGCACCACUAUGGGGACUUCAGGUUCAAGACGUACGCUCCCAUCGCAUUUCGCUACUUCAGGGAGAUGUUUUGCAUUCAGCCAGAUGACUACAUGUGUUCCCUGUGCAGCGAGGACCUGAUCGAGCUGUCCAACUCGGGAGCCAGCGGGUCGCUCUUCUACCUCUCCCACGAUGACCAGUUCAUCAUGAAGACAGUGCAGCGCAAGGAGGCUGAGUUUCUGCAGAAGCUCCUUCCCGGUUACUUCAUGAACCUGAACCAGAACAAGCGGACCCUGCUACCGAAGUUCUACGGUCUCUACUGCAUCCAGACAAACGGCACCAACAUCCGUAUCGUGGUUAUGAACAACCUGCUGCCUUCCUCGGUCCAGCUGCACCUCAAAUUUGACCUGAAGGGCUCCACGUAUAACCGCCGGGCCUCCUCCAAAGAACGGGCCAAGGCUUUACCCACCUUUAAGGACCUGGACUUCCUGCAGGACAUGCCUGAUGGGAUGCUGCUGGAUCCCGACAUGUACAACGCUUUCUGCAAGACGGUUCAGCGGGACUGCCUGGUGCUGCAGAGUUUCAAGAUCAUGGACUACAGCCUCCUGCUCGGGAUUAACGUGGUGGAUCAUGCCGGAGGAGAAACGAUGCAGACAGAGCCGGCAGCAGAGAGGAGGAAGCCGCAGAACCAGAAGUUCCUGUACAGCACGCCCAUGGAGGCCAUCCAGGCGGAAGCCAGGGACGCCGGCUCGCCGGGAAGCCACGACCCCACGGGAGGGAUUCCAGCACGAAACUCCAAAGGUCAAAGACUCCUGAUCUACAUCGGCAUCAUUGACAUUCUACAGUCAUACAGAUUCGUCAAGAUGCUGGAGCACACGUGGAAAGCUCUGGUUCAAGACGCGGACUCGGUUUCGGUGCACAGACCGGAUUUCUACGCCGACCGAUUCCAGAAGUUCAUGUGCAACACGGUCUUCAAGAAAAUCCAAUUGAAGACAUCACCAUCCAAGAGGCGCCAUAGCACUCUAAGGAAAACCGACAGUGGCACAGCUCAGCAGGCAGAACAGAGCAGCAGCCAGAACCAGAAUAAGCAGCUCAUUGUAAAGGACGAGAGUCAGCAGCCCGUAAUAAAGGAUGAGAAAAACUCGGCGGACAAAGAGGACGGGUCCCAGGAAAAUGGUGUAGAGGAAACACCUAAAUCCAGUGAGGCGAAUGGAAAGACCUGAUGAUGACUACCAUUGAAGUAGUGCCAAAAAUAAGGAAAUUUUUUUUGUACCUUUUUCAACUGCACUUUGAUUCCGCUUGGACUCCAACGUUUUAUUGUUACUCAUCUCAGUGGAAUGACUCUUUGAUGGUUCUUGCCUUCAGUUCAGUAUUUUCAAGUGUAACUUAAGGAUUUACCUGAAUGGCUUUGGGACAAGAAAUGCCGUCCUGGUUGGUGGAUGGACCAAACCAUGAGAAUUCGACAUGAAAAAUGAUCAAGACACAAUCAGAGCCAUCAAAAAAAAAAAAAAAAUCUGUACAUUCAGAAUAAUUUCUGCUUAUGCUUAAUUUCUAUUUUUUUAUAACUUUCAUUCCAGUGUGUGUUUACAAUUUUAAUUCUCUGGUGAUACGGUUACACAGUAUGAUGUAAAUGAGGUCGAGUUAUUUUUAUCUGUUUUACAAUGCAAAUGUUUUGUAUGCUCAUUACAUUCACAGGCUUUGGAAAUGGUGCAAUAAUUCAGUCAAUUGAAGAAUCGGUAUUAUCAUGAGUAAAAUUUUGGGUGGAUUGCUAUUUUAUGCAAAUGUGCCUUAUGGACCAAAAUCCUAACGUGUAUUUAUUACAGUUACUUUUACUGUAUGGCAUUUUUCACUAUCCAUAGCAUUUUAAUCAAUACUGUGUAAAUAAAAGUGCCUUUGAUAAAA